AUGAGCUCAUCACUGGUUGCUUAUGACGAUUCGGACUCUGAGACAGAAACUGAAAAGGCUGAAGCUCCCCAUGCUUCUAGCAAACAAACAAGCCAUCCAAGUACUUCUGUGAAUUGUGUUCAGUACUUUGCAUCUGGUAGUUUGUGUACGAAAUCUGCAUAUGAAAUGCAGCCUCCUGAGAACACUGACAGUUCUGGCAGGAGCACUGUUUGUGAAGAUCCCCCUGACCAUUACGCACAGAAUAAUAACAUGAAUUUGACAUCUCCUUGUUGUAGGAGAGCAUACUCUGGCCAUUCUGCGUUAUGUAUGUCCUACAAAAAUGAACAAUCAUCAAGCUCUUCAACAAACUGUGGCAAUGGCAUUUCCCAGAAGAGAAUGCUUAAAGACAGUACCACUACUAUAAAAGGAAUUAGACCAUACAUCCCUAAAAGAUUGCGUCAGGAAAAUUCCAGUAUGCCUGAACAAAAAGAACCUGACCAGCGAAAUAGCUCAGAUUAUGAUGUUAAACUGGGCAUAUCAGGAGAACAGACUUUGAGAAAGAUAUCUGAAUUAAUUAAGCCAUAUUUGGGAUCCAAAUAUAAAUUAACUGAACUUCCCAGAACUUUAAUAUUUUGCAUGUCUAAACACAGUGGUCCUGUUAAUGAAAUCCAGUGGUGUCCUGUACAAGAACAAAGUCACAUGCUUCUCUCGGCUUCUAUGGACAAAACAGUCAAGAUAUGGGAUGCUGUAGAUACAGGCUGCUGUUUAAAAACCUACUCCUGCCACUCCUGUGCUGUUCGAGCUGCCCGGUGGUCAUCUUGUGGAAGAAGGAUCCUCAGUGGGGGCUUUGAUUCCAUGCUGCAUUUAACAGAUGUUGAAACAGGGAAGCAAGUAUUUAGUUACAAAAAUGAAUUUAGGAUCAGCACAUUGAAGUUCCACCCUACAGAGUCAAAUAUUUUCAUUUGUGGAGGGUUCAGCCCAGAAGUUAAAGCUUGGGAUAUAAGGACUUCUAAGGUGUUAAGAGUGUACAAAGCUGCAGUACAACAGACACUGGAUAUACUCUUUCUUGCUGAAGGAAGAGAAUUUCUUACAAGCACAGAUGCAGUAAGCCGGGACUCAGCUGAUCGUACUGUUAUUGCAUGGGACUUCCAAAGUGCUGCAAAAAUCUCCAAUCAAAUUUUUCAUGAGCGUUACACAUGCCCAAGCCUGACCCUGCACCCAAAAGAAUCUGUGUUUGUUGCCCAGACAAAUGGGAACUACAUGGCUUUGUUUUCUGCCCAGCGACCUUACCGGAUCAACAAAAAGAAAAGAUAUGAAGGACAUAAGGUGGAAGGCUUUGCAGUGGGCUGUGAAUUUUCUCCAGAUGGAACACUUUUGGUGACAGGAAGUUCAGAUGGUAAAGUGUUUUUCUACAACUAUCAUACUGCUAGGAUUAUUCGUACUUUGUCUGCGCAUAAAGAAGCUUGUGUGAGUGCAAUAUUUCACCCAGUCUUGCCAUCACUUCUUGCAACAUGUGAUUGGGCUGGAGAAAUCAAAAUCUGGCAAUAA